AUCCUUCAAACCGCUUCACCUGGGUGGUACGCCGCCGUUCCUUCCAUCCUUCAUAGGCAUAUGAACCUCGCCGUCACGUGACCCCCGCCUCCAGACCUAGUGGCAUCCCGUACACGUAGGCUCGGACAAACGUUUCCCUCCGAACCAAAGCUUCCAAAAAAACAUAAAAUACACAAACAACCUUGUAUGUAGCGCUCGAGGGACACAUUACAACUGCAAGUGAAAGGAACGGAGGUGUGUGUGUGGUGGUGUCGUCUUCUCCCAGAAGCCAAAUAUAAUGAAAAAAGCUAUUUCCUUGAGAGAGGAAGAUUCAAUAACAAGACUCCCCUGUUUCCCUAUUCUAUUCUUGUUGCUUCCCUUCAAAGCCACUGUCUCUCUUUCUACAAUCUUUUGAUGCUGAUAGUUUCACCAUUAAAGCUUUCACGACAUUUCCCACGAGAAAUCACUUCGCUUCGCUUCUCUCACGGAAAAGCACUCUUCUCUUCUCUAUACCUUACUUUUUUCUUCUCUAUAUAACCCUUCUCUUCACUCAACUUCUAAUUACUAUAUGCUAAUGGCAGACCACAAGUUUGGAGUUUUAGUUUCUUGCAUUUUCUUGGUUUUCUCUCUUCUUCAAUGUAAAUUCUGUGCCCUUGCAAUGUUGGACCCUAUUGAUUUCUUGGCUCUGCAAUCCAUUAGAAAGGGAUUAGAUGAUAUGCCGGGCUCCAACUUCUUCGCUUCCUGGGACUUUACUUCCGAUCCUUGUAACUUUGCCGGUGUUUACUGUGAUGUUGACAAGGUCAUCUCUCUUAACCUCGGUGAUCCAAGGGCUGGUUCUCCAGGUCUCAUCGGUCACCUCGACCCCGCUAUUGGUAAGCUCUCUGCUUUGGUUGAGUUCUCUGUUGUACCAGGCCGGAUUAUUGGUUUACUGCCGCCAUCUAUUUCGCAAUUGAAAGACCUCCGUUUCCUCGCCAUCAGCAGAAACUUCCUCUCCGGUGGGAUUCCGUCAACUAUAGGCCAGCUGCGCAAUCUCAGAACUCUUGAUCUCAGCUACAAUCAGCUUAGCGGAGAGAUUCCUCACUCAAUCGGUACCAUACCGGAAUUAUCGAAUGUCAUUCUCUGCCACAACCGCCUCUCCGGAUGGGUCCCUCCAUUUCUAUCGCAGUCACUGACUCGGCUCGAUUUGAAACACAACGAGCUCUCCGGUUCGCUUUCCCCAUAUUCUCUCCCUUCCUCGCUUCGUUACCUCUCUCUUUCAUGGAAUCGGCUCAGCGGACCCGUGGACCGGUUACUGUACCGGCUAUACCAGCUAAACUACCUGGACCUAAGCAUGAACCAGUUUAGUGGUAUCAUUCCGAGCCGAGUCUUCACAUUUCCAAUAACCAACCUCCAAUUGCAGAGAAAUCUAUUCACCGGUCCGGUUCAACCGCUCCAUCAGGUGACAAUAGAGACCGUUGAUCUUAGCUACAACAGAUUAUGGGGUCGAAUAUCGCCCAUGCUCUCAACCGUACAAAAUCUGUACCUGAACAAUAACCGGUUUACCGGUAAAGUGCCAGGGAGUUUCGUGGACAGUUUAAUGGCGGCGAGUAUAAGAAUAUUGUACUUGCAGCACAAUUAUCUAACGGGGAUUGAGAUUAAUCCGGCGGUUGAUAUUCCAUUAAGCAGCUCGUUGUGUUUGCAGUAUAAUUGUAUGGUCCCGCCCGUACAGACGUCGUGCCCGUUGAAGGCAGGGAAACAGAAGACUAGACCAACAGCAGAGUGCAGCGAGUGGAAUGGGUAAAGUUGCAAUUAUGGAAAAUAUGAAGGGUACAAAGAUAUUCAUAUUCAAAUAUUUUUUUUAAAAUGCAAUCUUAAUUUUGGUAAAUGAUGAAAAUAAGGGAGAUCAUAUUUUGAUGAGAAAAUUUUAUUAAUUUUUGGUAAUGUCAAUACUAAUUGAAGGUUUCUUAUUUACC